AUGGAAUUAAAUAUUCCCAAUAAUCCACCAGAAAGAUCACAUACUUUUGCCUCACCAAAUGACUUAAUAACAAAUGAUGAGUUUGAAAAGCAAUCAAUGAAUAGAGUUCCAAGUGCUGCUACAGAACCAAUUCCUAGAAUUAAUCAAUCAAAUUCAAAUAAUAUUUCAAGAGAAGAUGCUGAAGUUGAGGAUUUAAAGAAACGUAAACUAACAAGAAGAGUACAAACUGCUCCAGGUAAAUACAAUAAUAAGAUUACCAUACCCGAACGUUUAAUUGAAAAAAAACCAACAAUAAAACCUGAAGCUUCAUUUUUCUUUACAGUUGUUCAAUAUUUUGAUACUUUGAAAGAUCAAGCUUUAGAUAAAACUUUUGAAAGAUCUGAUAGAUUUUAUAACUGGUUCUGGAAUAUCAGUUUCAUAAAAUGGAUGUGUAUCAAAUAUAGACAAUGGGAACAAAUUAAGAUAAUUGGACCAAUUUUACAAAUAUUAAGAGUUGCACUUGAUACUAGAACUGUUAUUUUCUUACCAUUCUUCCCUGUUGGUAUAGUUUUUUACAAAAGAGAAGAUGAUAUAUUAGCUGUUGUGUUUUUAUUUCUUGCAUUGAUGUAUUUUGCAAAAGUUUUGAGUAAUACCACUGAAAUUGCAGCUGAACAUUUUGGUCCAGUUUUAGGUUCUUUAUUGAAUGCUACAUUCGGUAACUUGGUUGAAUUGAUUAUCUCUGGUACAACUGUCUCUAAGGAAGAUGCUACUCUAACAAUCACUUCAUUAAUUGGUAGUGUUAUUUCAAAUAAUCUAUUUGUCACAGGUUCAUGUUGUUUCUUUGGUGGUAUGGAAGGUAAGCCAUUAUACAACAAAAAAUCAAUCACAAGUCAUUUAUUAUUCUUUGUUUGUAUCACUGUUUUAUUGACUAUGAUGUCUGUUGUUAAUGAUAUUGAUAAAGAUGUAUCUGAUAAGUUCAAAAUGGAUACCUCACAAGUUGGUGCUGCUUUCAUAUUUAUCAAUUAUAUUGUUUACUUAACAAUGAAUACAAAUGAGGAGUUUAAAUACUUAAAGAUAAAGAAAGCUCGUGACGAAGAAGAACGUUUAAUGAAUCCAUCAAGUGAUAGUGAAAGUGAUGACGAUGAUGAUAAUGAUACCAGCUCAUCUUCAUCUUCUGAAUCAUCAGAAGAAUUACCUUCCAAAUUGGUAUGUUUUGGUGCUUUGGCAUUAUCAAUUGCAGGUUUAGGUCCUUGUGCAAAUUUCUUUGUUGAAUCAUUAAAGGAUUUAACAGAUGGUAAACCUAUUUCAAAAGUUUUCAUUGGGUUAAUUAUCUUACCAUUAGCUGGUUCAUUACCUGAACAUAUCUCAUCAGUUAUUAGUGCCCAAAAGGGGAAAUUAGAUCUUGCAUUAAAUUUAAGUAUUGGUAGCUCAAAUCAAGUCAUCGGUUUUGUCUUACCAAUCAUUCAAUUCAUCAGUUCUCAUUAUCCACAAACUAAAUUCACCUUAUAUUUUGAAGAUUAUAUUGCUGCUUAUCUUUUUGGUACUGCAUUGAUAUCAUCACUUUGUAUCGUGAAUGGUAUGAUUUAUGGUAUAAAUGUUUAUCAUGGUGUCAUUUGUAUUACUACGUUUGUGUUUAUAAUUUACUUGACUUUUGCAAAUGAUCAGCACUAG